GGAAGUCCGCGUUUUAGAGGACAACGCUGAACCUAAUGUGUAAAAGGUAGUACAGCUCCUGGUGCGUUGAGACGUAAUUAGCAAAAUAGUCCAUCUUGUCAUGUCCUCUCUGCGACCUUCAUGCAAGAGAAUUGGACGUCACAUCUUCAAGCAAUCAGCAUCAGGAACAACAAAAAUCAUGGCAACUGGUUGGAAGACGAGAAGCACGAUUGGCGCUGAGACGCCGAUGGUAACGGCUGGCGUCCGAUCCUUCGCAUCUUUCCGGACAGCUUAUCCAGCUAUGCGGUUGGACUUUGCUGACAAGGACAAGAAAGGUUUGGGAGUAGAAGAAGGCAUGACCACUAUUCACAAUGGUUUUGAUGCAGCAACCGAUCAUAGUUGUUCGCCAGAGAGCAAGAACAACAAGAACUCACUUACCACGGACAACCUCUUUCCUCGAAGUCCUAGUGGGUUGACGCUAGCGCAGUUGCUGGGCGUGAGUGAGAGGCAGCGGAGGAGAGGGCAAAUGUUAAGGCACAGGUAGAGCUAGUAUAAUUUGGUAAUCCAUCUACAACAUCGCCAAUUAUCAUGACAGUAGAAAGAAUCAAUUAUGAGGAUCAAUUAUGAGGACGAUGGAAGAAUCCACUGUUCUUGAUAGCAUCAUCUUGACUAAGGUGUACGUAGAAGAUCCUUUCUAAUGUAAUGGUCUUAAAGACUUUAAGGUUGAGUGGCGAGCAGACAACUGCGCAGCCGACAGGUGGAACAGGAGAUAGCACCAGUGAGGUGCUUUCCGCCUUCGAACAGACUGUGACACGGUUACAUCCUGAGCAGCAGAUACCUCCAGCCGCUGACGCUUCAAGGGAUUCCGAGUCCCCUAAAGCUGGUGGAGGGACGAAGAAAAAAAGACGCGCAGGUGUUGCUUGUCUUCUACGUCGUAAUCCUUCUCCGCAUAGUACCAAGACAGCUGCAUCUCCGUUCGAAGCAUUCCUCAUUCUGCGACAAAGACGUCAAGGAGACCCUUGGUCCGGUCAAGUAGCGUUUCCUGGAGGAAAAUGCGAGUCUGACGAAUCACUACUCGAAGGCUGUCUUCGUGAAGUGCGGGAGGAAAUAGGAGUUGAUCUUUCAACAUCUACUCGUGUUGAUGGUAGGGGUACAACUGAGGAUACUUCAUCAUCGCUUGCUCACUUUGUAUGCGCCUUAGACGCGGUGAAUAUCGGGAACGUUUUAGACGUGCAUUGCCUAGUUUUUGAAGUCUUAGACUCCGAUUCAUUCGAGAAACAACUAGUUCUCGAACCUGGCGAGGUCGCAGCCGCUGGUUGGUUUGACCUCUGCUCUCCCGAGAGAGCCUUUCCCGCAGAGCUGCGCACAGAUUUAGCGGAACAUCCUACAUUUUUUCAAGACGCAAAAAAACAUGUGGGUCGAACUACAUCUUCAAAGACCACGAAUUGCACUACUAGUCGUGUUGGGAAUCGUGUUGAGAACAAAGCUAGUCGUACUACUGGUUCAUCUAGUUGUACUAGCAGCACAACAGCAACUGGCCCUCCCCUUAAGAUAUCCAACCUCUUGUCUCCAAGCGUGCAAAGAAAGAUAGCCUACGCGAUGCGGAUGCAGGAAGCCGUGUUCUCAGCCUUAGCUUUGUUACCAUCGGAUGUCUACGUCAGAAAGAAAGAGGACGGCGCCGAUGCUACCGGGAUGAGCGCAUCUAAUACUACGCUGUCUGCUCGCUUUCCAGAUUCGACUCUCCUUCCUCGCAUCAAGGGACCGCGAGACGCGAUAGUCAUCUCAAGUUGGAGUCCGGUGUUGAUCAAACAAACCCUUGGCAUGGCUCUUCGAGAGACGUUGAAGAGAAGUACUUGUAGUAGUACAACUGGUGCAACUCAUUUAUCGGAGUCGGAGCCAAUUGCAACUUCUACCAGUGCAACUACAUCAGCAGCAACAAGUACAAGAGCAAACAUCGUCAACUCUACUUCAUCGUACGAAGAUAUCGCCUGUAAACGGCAUCCUUUUCUACUCUGGGGUUUGACGAAGCAGCUGAUUGACAUGGUCUUGAUUCGGGUCGUGCAGAGCCAGGACGAUGACAAACGACAGAGGUUUCAGCAAUUGAGGAAAGUGCAUACCACUUUUUUCUUAUGGACGAAGGAACAAGCAAAUAUUCAUGUGGUUCUCCAUGUAUACCCCAUGAGUGGGUACAUCUAUCUAUCUAUCUAAACUGGUGUCUUUUCGACAAGAAUCCCUUAGUUGUAAGUACUCAUGUAGGGUAGAAGUACCUUCUGCUCUUCCUCAUCUAAUCCUCGGCUACCGUUUCGAACGGCGCUUCGGCAGUCGCGUUCACGAUGUCCUUUUUGGCCUAGCUGUCAGACUUGUCUUCGCGAGGAAAGAUGGGAAACACGAGGACCGACAUUGGCUCGACCACUGGAGAAGAUACUUCGAAUUGAACUUCACCUUGCUACUUGCGUUGAUCUCUAUGGCGGGUGGCUACCAACUGACAGCUGGGGUAUUGGCGACUCUGUUGGCAGGCGAGGGAGUUGGGACGACGCAGGAUACACUACCACUACCACCUGCUACUAGUUGUAGAGGUGGACGGAUAGUAGGAAUCGAUUCUGAAGAGACCAAGAAUAGUCGGCGUCGAACAAUAAGUGAGGAAGAUAAAAAAGACGAUGCAAAUGUGGACAUUGCGUCAGAUGGUCAGGUCAAGACUUUGAGUCGGUUGUAAACCAUCAUGUUGCCGCACACGACGGCUCGAAGACCUGCAGCUUUGCAGCAGUGAAGGGGUCCUUUUACGCUUGAAAAAAAACGCUUCGGGUAUCUUCUGAAAAGGAACAAGGACGAAAAACUGAUUCUAAUUUUUUAGCAAAAACCCAAUAUUAUUUUUUUUGAAGCUUCGUCAUGAUGCCCGAUUCACCAUGCAC